AUGAAUCACCAGCCCGCCAUGACGUGGCCGGAACAGAUCCACGACAAUCAGCUCAUCACGGCCCCCGGCGAAGAUGAAUUCUCCAACUUUCUCGAGUUCAACAUGCAAUUUACCGAUCUCGAUGGGCACGGACCAUCCCAGCAGCAACAUUCCAUCAUGCCCACAACCACGACCGCCGACCAGACCAUGAUCUCCGAUCCGCGGUCGCAUCCUCAAUUCACCUCGCCAAUGGAAGGUCUCACAAUGGAUUUCAGCGGUCACCCAUCCAUGCAGUCCGCCAUGCAGCAACAGCCGCAGCAGCAACAGUCUGUCCCACAGCAGCCCGGUCCGCUGCCAUAUUCAACACCCGCCAUGACCCCCGGGUUCUGUGCCCAAGAUACUUCCUCUCAUCAUCAUCAAUCACAGAUGAUGUCCCACCAACCCUCACAACAACAGCACCAGCAGCCACAAUCAAAUCUUCCCAAUCAGCAGUAUAUGCACCAGAAUCCUCAGAUGAUUCCUCCCACGCCCAAUAGUAUCGAGAUGCAUGGCAAUGCCACUCGAUACCCGCAACGAGUGGAUGAACAUAGCGAUAUGUAUGAUCGCUACUCGCGCAUCAAUGAAGAACAGGCCCUGUAUACUCCGCUGGUCUCUCCCGCCAUGACCCCUCUAGAGAGCCAAUUCCGCCUGCCUGAAUACACUAUCCCCGGCGAAUAUUUCACUCCUCUCACCUCUCCCGCCUUGGAGGCACAGCACUCGCAUAGCUCGACGAGCAGCUUCCCGUUCCAUGCGCGACAAGUCUCCGAUGUGGGCUUUGUGCCCACCACGGCCGAGGUCAACCCACUCUCCGGCAUCUCUGCGCCUUCCUCCCCCAGCAUCCUCCGCAAGACCCGGCGACGACCCUCGGCGGCAUCGUCUCGCUUGGCGGGACGCGCCAGUAAAUCUCGCCAAUCGCCUCACAUCCGAGCCCAGACCACGCAGACGCAGCGCAUGCGCGGGAAGCCGUUUGCCGCCGGCUCCGAGGAUUUAUAUGGCCACAUGGCCUCGGAGAUGGGCAAACUUCCCAAUCAUGAUGUGCGCUCACUGCAAGAAAGCAGCAAUGAAGGAUCGGGCCAGGAUUCGGUUUCUCCCGAACCUCUCCCCGAUUCCUUGAUGCCGCCUCCCGCCGUACCUCCAUCCCGCAAAUCACCUGCCAUCCUCCCUCAGCUCCAACCCCAACUUCCGUCUCAGGCGCAGCAGCAAAAACCGCAACAAGAACAGCAAAAACAACUGCCCGGUGCAGCCGCUACGCCCGCCACGCUGAUGCGCCUCCAGCGAUCUCAACAUGCGCAAGAAUCAUCAGAUCAACUCAUGGGCCAGGCUCAAUUGGAGAUCCCCGACGAGAUCAUGGAAGAUAUAUCUCUUCCCGAGGCGGCGCAGCCUCGACCCAAGGUUGGUCGCAUCGAUACCGCUGUGCGUACCGCGGCCAGUCCGAGCAUAUCUGCUCACGGCACCCCAUCCAUUGAACCACGGUCAAAUCCUUCCGCAGACCGUAAGCCCGUCUCGGUCGCGCCCAGUCCGCGCACUUUGGCGAUGCCCUCACCCAGUGGUCCCCUGCCCAAGAGGUCGGAUCCUUCCCGAGCAUCUAUAUCUAGUCGCAAGCGUCCCAGUGUCAGUUCGACACAUGCCAGUCCUCUUUUACGUCCAAAAAUCAGCCCUAGCAUCCAACCGUUGAUGCGCGGGAGUGAUAGUCUACCGCAAGACGCUCUAUAUCUGGCGUCCAAGUCCAAUUACCAGCACAUUCUAGACGGCACUCUUCCAUCGGGCGUCUCUUAUCCCGAGACUCUUGCGGAGAAUCUCAGUUCCAAGCGUACGAACCACAAGCUCGCCGAACAAGGUCGUCGCAAUCGCAUCAACAACGCUCUAAAGGAGAUUGAAUCAUUGAUUCCUCCGGAGUUUAUCCAGAUGCGCCAGGCCAAGGAGGCCGCCAUGUCGGGAGUCAAGCCCGGUGAGAAGGACAAGGACAAGCCGGCCAAUCAGGUUAUCAGUAAAGCCAGUGCGGUGGAGAUGGCGAUCGACUAUAUCAAAGCCCUGAAGAAGACACUGGAAGAGACGUCGUCGAAAUUGAUAGCUGCGGAAUCCAAACUGAACGGGGGCAACCAGGAUGAUACACCCAGAAGCUCCUCGCCCGCAAUCCCCGUGGUGGACAAGGCUAGCGCGGAAGCUCCAGCGGCAGAGACAACAACAAAAACAACAACAACAACGGCCACGACAACGACAACCGUCAAUGGGGUCGGCUCGGACUCGUCGGCCGAUACGAGCUAG